AUGGGCUGUGGGGUCUCCGUGCCUAAGGUUGCGCUCGACGAGAAUGGGUUCGAGGACGGGUCUCCUACCUGGCAAAACAGUGAUGCGGGCAACACCAGUGGAGAGCCAGCAGCAGCAGCAACAGCAGCAGCAACAGGAGGAGGAGUAGGAGGAGGAGGAGGAGGAGGAGGAGGAGGAGGAGGAGGAGGAGGAGGAGGAGGAGGAGGAGGAGGAGGAGGAGGAGGAGGAGGAGGAGGAGGAGGAGGAGGGGGAGAAGCAGCAGCAGCAGCAGCGGGAGGAGGAGAAAGAAGUGACGCAGGGACGGAAGGGGCGAGGGUGGAAAGGAGAAGCAGUGAGGCGUCUGACGAGAUGGAUGCGGUGAUGGAGGAGAUACGACAGACGCUCAAGCGAUCCCAGGAGAUGGAGGCUCGCGGUGGUGGUGGGGACGACAAUGACAACAGCGACAACGAGGAGAGCAAUGGCGACGGGGUGAAGAACGGCGGGGUGAUUCAGAUCCAGGGAGGCGUGGUGGUCGGGGUGCGGCUGCCUGGCGAAUCGGUGGAGAGAGAUGCAGAUAGGGUAGAGGAUGGGGGAAUAGGAGUCGCCAGCAGCAACGGGGGCGGGGCGGCGUGGCAUAGGCUGCGAGACGAAGGUUCAGAGGCGGCCGAACCAGGCAGUGCGGCUGUGACGCCUCCCGGCGAAGGUUCAGACGAUGAGAAUGCGUUUCCGCCGAAUCCCGCGUUAGAGGAUAAUGGCCGGGUGGGGGGUGUAGGGGGUGCAGUGGUAGGUAAUGGAGCAGCGGGUUUAGAACAACCGCGCAUAAGUAGGGAGUCGUCUGGAUCAAGGGACGACACAGGCGUUAGAGAGGGAGAGGUAGGGGGAGAAGCAGCAGAAUCGUCAUCUGCAGCUAUUGCUGCAAGCAGGGCCCAACAAAAUCCAGGCAGCGGGUCGGGGCCCGGGGGGGGAAACAGUCGGAGAAGCCUGAACCCGGGAGGGUAUUUAGCGGAGCUUGCCCUGGAGCUGCAGCAGCACAAGGCGGUGGCCCCACAGGAGUUUUCAUACGAAGAGCUGAGGGACGCGACGCAGUGCUUUAAAGAGGAGCUGGUGCUGGGGGAGGGCGGGUUCGGAAAGGUGUAUGAGGGGCUGCUGAUGGUGAGGGACGAGGACACUGGGCAGCACGUGCAGACGAAGGUCGCUGUGAAGCAGCUGAGCCAACAGGGCCUGCAGGGAUUUAAGGAGUGGCUGACGGAGGUCAUAUUCCUGAGGCGCCUGCAGCACCCGCAUCUGGUGCAGCUGGUGGGGUACUGUGCGGAGAAGGAAAAGGGCCUCCUGGUCUACGAGUACAUGCCCAACCGCUCCCUCGACUGCCAUCUCUUCAAUGAAGCGGAGCCGCCGUUGACGUGGGAGGUGCGGGUGAAGGUGGCACUGGGUGCAGCCAAGGGGCUGGCAUACCUGCACGAGGGCACAGAGCACCAGGUCAUCUUCCGAGACCUCAAGGCCGGCAAUAUCCUGCUAGACGAGAAUUUUUUCCCCAAGCUGUCAGACUUUGGGCUAGCCAAGGACGGGCCUCGGGGCGGCAAGACCCAUGUGUCCACCAAAGUGGUCGGCACCUAUGGCUACACUGCUCCUGAGUACAUGCAGACAGGCCAUUUGACGAGCCGCAGUGACGUGUAUGCAUUUGGGGUGCUGCUGCUGGAGCUGCUAUCGGGCAGGAGAGCAGUGGACAUGGACCGGGUGUGGCAGGAGCGUAGCCUCGUGUACUGGGCCAAGCCGUACCUCUUGGAUCGGCGCCAGAGCGUCAAGCUUGUGGACCCCAGGCUCGGGGGCCGGUUCCCUGUGAAAGGGGCACAGAAGCUGGCCCUGGCCGCACACUGCUGCCUGCUGGAUGCUAAAUCACGCCCCAAAAUGUCUGAGAUGGUGACUAUAUUGAGGGGACUGCAGGAUAUUCCUGUUCCAGUGCAACAGGUGGUGAGCCCAGGGCCAUCUGGGCAGAGGCGAGCAAUCCUGUUCUCAUCUCCGCACAACGAGUUUGAGAAGGAUGAGCAUCGGUAG